AUGCUGGCUUCGGAUUGGCCGGUCUCCCUAGCCCCACCCCCAGCUAAUGACGCAGGCGGCUCGUUGCUCCGGUCCAGCCAAAAGCCGCGGCGCAGAGGCAGCGGGGUUUUCUGCGCAAACUGUCUGACCACCAAGACAUCACUGUGGAGGAAAAAUGCUAACGGAGGCUACGUCUGCAACGCUUGUGGUUUAUACCAAAAGCUGCAUUCGACACCCAGACCUCUUAACAUCAUCAAGCAGAACAACGGGGAACAAAUCAUCCGCCGGCGAACCCGAAAGCGCCUCAACCCGGACUCCUUGGCGUCCGACAACCCCGCCCCGAAGCAACAGCGAAUCAGCAGCGAGGAGCGCAUGAACGGGGAGGAGUCAGACAGAAGCUGUUCGUCUGUGAAAAACCAGCAGCCUUCGCCCCGCUCCCGCUCCCCCCGCGCCACUCAGGCCUUCUUAGCCAAUCAGACGCUGGAGAUCCACAGACGCAUGCCGCCCCUCCUCCUGCCGUCCCACCCCGCCUCGGCCAUGGUAGCCGAGGGCAACGGGGGCCUCACAGACGCCGGAAUAACAUCCAAAGUAGAAGGUGGGAAGGGGGGAGGAUCCGAAAGGGGAAGCCCGAUUGAAAAGUACAUGCGCCCAUCCAAACCCUCCAGUUAUUCACCUCCUGGUUCACCCAUCGAAAAAUAUCAGUAUCCCCUUUUCUCGUUGCCCCUCCCUUUAACCCUCUCGCCCGAUUUGACACCCGAGUCAGAUUGGCUCAGAUUCUGGACCAAGUACAAGAUGGCGGCUGCCUCCGGGGUUCCCGGCAGCAUCAGCAGCCUGAGCAGCCCCGGCAGCCUGGGGAACAACAGCCACUACCUGGGCGCCAUGGUGACGCCUGUGCAGCACCAUCAGCAGAGCUACACGGUGCCUUACUGUGCCUCGCCCUACUCCCCUCUGCCUCCACCCCCCGCUCCCGCUCACUACCCCCCGCCUCUCCACACCCAGACCUCCUCCCCGUCCUCCUUAGAGAACGAGGCUCCCUUGGAUCUUGCGAUAAGACAAAGAGACACGAGCGCCGUAAACACGCAUCUGUCCACAAACGGCGCCGAGAAGAGGAGGCCGGAGCAGGAGUCUCCUCUGCCAGAGAGGCUGAGAGGGAACUGGAAAGAGAAGGAGGAGGAGGAGAGGACUGAUGAAGGAGGGAGCCCGGGUGAGGAGACGGGGACGGGAGUGAGAGAUCAUUUGACAAAGUAUCCGUCAGACGCUACAUCCGGCCGCACGGCGGUGGACGUGGCCACGCAGGACGAGCUGACGAACCGCUGCGUCCACUGUGGGAUCUACUUCCUGGACGAAGUCAUGUACGCCCUGCACAUGAGUUGCCACGGCGACAAGGGACCACACCAGUGCGGCUUUUGCCUGCACGUGUGCGCAGACCGCUACGACUUCACCACUCACAUACAGAGGGGCUUACACCGGUACUCAGACAGAGCCUCGCCGCAGAGCGGUCACACGCAGGACGCCGCCAUGCCCGACGCGGCGGCGCCGUCCGAGAGCGAGCACAGCAGCGACGCGGCGUCGGAGCUAAAGGACGGCGAGGCCGAAGCCAUGGGCGAAAGCGACGACGACCAGGCCGAAGGAAACGCCGACCAGGACGCCGGCGAUGGCGGAACGCCGGCUGAAGAGGAGCACGCCGGCGCCGACGAGGAACCGGCGUCCGAAACGAAAGAUGACACGGCGAAAUCCACAGAGAAGGCCAACGUUCCGGACUCUGAGAAGUGUCGAGAAGUUCCAGAUGAAAACUAA